UGAGAUGUCGCACGUGAAGGGACCGGAUAUAGAGUCAUCCCGACCUCGCUUCCGGUCAAGCACUUCCGUUCUCCAGUUGCUGGUGGAAUACCUCCACAAUAAUGGGGAUACAACCGCAUUGGUGAUCGACGACGCUGGGACCAUGGUACAUGUCGGAGAGAUGGGCGAGGUGUGGAUCAAAACACCAGCAGCCACUACCGGGUAUUGGGGCAGGCCUGAUCUGUCUAAUACAUAGAUAACUACUUGUAAGGGCAGGUGAUCGACGACGCUGGGACCAUGGUACAUGUCGGAGAGAUGGGCGAGGUGUGGAUCAAAACACCAGCAGCCACUACCGGGUACUGGGGCAGGCCUGAUCUGUCUAAUACAUAGAUAACUACUUGUAAGGGCAGGUGAUCGACGACGCUGGGACCAUGGUACAUGUCGGAGAGAUGGGCGAGGUGUGGAUCAAAACACCAGCAGCCACUACCGGGUACUGGGGCAGGCCUGAUCUGUCUAAUACAUAGAUAACUACUUGUAAGGGCAGGUGAUCGACGACGCUGGGACCAUGGUACAUGUCGGAGAGAUGGGCGAGGUGUGGAUCAAAACACCAGCAGCCACUACCGGGUAUUGGGGCAGGCCUGAUCUGAACAAGCGCCUGUUUGAUCAUCAAGGGUUCUUCAACAGCGGAGACGUGGGGUUCGUGGACGACGACGGCUACUUAUAUCUACGAGGCCGUGCCGGGGACCUCAUAAACUACCGUGGGAAAAAGUUCAGUGCCGCCGAACUGGAGGAUGUGCUGCAGACUCACCCCGCCGUGCAGGAGGCAGCAGUGGUCAGCAAACCUCACGUCAGCGACACUCAGCACCCCAUAGCCUUUGUCGUCAGCAAACUGGGAACUGUCGUCACCGAACAGCAGAUUUUGGACUUUGUUGACGAACGAGUCGAAGAUUACAAGAGACUCAGAGGAGGUGUCCGGUUCCUGGACGUGCUGCCUCGGACAAUCAUCGGCAAAGUUGUGCGGAAGACGCUGAGAGAUUACAGUCUGCAGUAGAUCUGAGAAAACUUACAGCGAAAUUAUAAACAAGUUAUACUGACUCAGAGGAGGUGUCCGGUUCCUGGACGUGCUGCCUCGGACAAUCAUCGGCAAAGUUGUGCGGAAGACGCUGAGAGAUUACAGUCUGCAGUAGAUCUGAGAAAACUUACAGCGAAAUUAUAAACAAGUUAUACUGACUCAGAGGAGGUGUCCGGUUCCUGGACGUGCUGACUCGGACAAUCAUCGGCAAAGUUGUGCGGAAGACGCUGAGAGAUUACAGUCUGCAGUAGAUCUGAGAAAACACAGCGAAAUUGUAAACAAGUUAUACUGACUCAAGUAAUAAAUUAUCUGCAUAAGAAAAACCUAAUAUCCCACUCUCACUACUAUUAUUAUGCUAACCGAUUUUGCAGUUCAGUUCCUGUGAAGCGAUUACUUCAAGUGAACGUAUUCUACAGAAGCUGCGUGAUGUAG